AUGCCGCAUAAUGCUUUCCCGCAAGCAGGCAUUCUUGGGCUGCGACCACAACAGUCUAUGCCUCAAGGACCACACGCCAACGUAGAGCAGAAGCUAGUGCCUACAAUGGACUUUGCAACCGCGUUCAAUACCAUGACACUAAUUGAUCUGACGGAUAAUAAAUGGUACAUGGAUUCCGGCGCCACUGCUCACCUCACCAACACGGCAGAGGGCAACUUCAAAGGUCACAAGUCUAGCUUAGUGGUAAAUGGGAGGUCGCAGGAACAGGGAGUCGACUUCGACGAGACGUUCAGUUCGGUCAAUCAGUUAGACGUGCAAAACGCAUUUCUACAUGGGACUUUGGAUGAAGAUGUAUACAUGUUUCAACCUCCCGGCUUCAUCGAUUCUUCAAAACCAAAUCAUGUUUGCAAGUUGAAUUGUUCUAUCUACGGGUUAAAACAAGCCCCGCGAGCCUGGAAUGCAAGAUUUGUUAACUUCAUUACAGCAAAUGGAUUCAUACAAUGCAAGUCAGAUACAAGCGUAUUCAUUUACAAAAAGAAUGGCUUAAUGGCGUAUCUCAUCCUCUACGUCGAUGACAUUAUCGUGACUGCAUCCAACACCACACUUCGCGACACAAUAAUUCAGGUUCUGAAGUUUGAGUUUCCCAUGACGGACUUAGGCCGCAUAAGUUCGUUUCUUGGCGUCUCUGUGAAGUUGAAUGACAAAGGCAUCUUCUUGAAUCAAUCUCAGUAUGCCGAUGACAUCAUCAAACGCGCCGGCAUGGCUGAUUGUAAACCGUACACAACACCAGUGGAUCUCAAAUCCAAGCUUGGAGACGAUGAUGGCAAACCGGUCGCAAAUGCAAUGGAUUAUCGAAGUUUGGCAGGGGCGUUGCAGUACCUGACUUUCACUCGCCCUGACAUCACGUACGCGGUCCAACAACUCUGCUUGUUCAUGCACGAUCCUCGCGAGCCCCAUCUGGUUGCGUUACACCGAGUAAUUCGUUACUUACAAGGCACGAAACAUAUGGGCCUGCAACUCCUCAAGCAACAGAGCAUGAAGCUCACGGCGUACACUGACGCUGAUUGGGCGGGGUGCCCCUCCACACGAAAGUCGACUUCUGGCUUCUGUCUUUACCUCGGCGACAACCUAAUAUCUUGGUCUGCCAAAAGACAGCCUACGGUAUCUCGCUCAAGCGCCGAAGCCGAAUACAAAGGUGUCGCGAAUGUAGUGGCUGAAUCUUGUUGGCUAUGUAAUCUCCUACUCGAAAUGGGAUGA